AUGCCGCUGCUGUUGCUGCUGCUGCUUCGAGAGCUUCACUUUCCUCCUGUGGAAGAUGAGCAGCCCAGAGGCCCCAGAGUUGGAUUCACAGUUACUGAGAAGGAAGUCCAGCAGUGGUACAAAGGCUUCAUCAAGGACUGCCCCAGCGGGCAGCUGGAUGCUGCAGGCUUCCAGAAAAUCUAUAAGCAGUUCUUCCCAUUUGGAGAUCCUACCAAGUUCGCUACGUUUGUUUUCAACGUCUUUGACGAAAACAAGGACGGGCGGAUCGAGUUCUCUGAGUUCAUCCAGGCGCUGUCGGUGACCUCAAGGGGAACUCUGGAUGAGAAGCUUCGGUGGGCCUUCAAGCUCUACGAUCUGGAUAACGACGGCUACAUCACCAGGAACGAGAUGCUGGACAUUGUGGACGCCAUUUACCAGAUGGUGGGGAACACCGUGGAGCUCCCCGAGGAGGAAAACACCCCGGAGAAGAGGGUGGACCGCAUCUUCGCCAUGAUGGAUAAGAACGCCGACGGGAAGCUGACCCUGCAGGAGUUCCAGGAAGGAUCGAAGGCAGACCCCUCCAUUGUGCAGGCGCUGUCCCUCUAUGACGGGCUGGUAUAGUCCAGGGCCCAGAGCCGGGAUGCCUGGGAACCACUCACCUCCUCCCGUGCCAUGAGGCCACCUCCGCCCCAACACCACCCUCCUGUGUCCACCCAGCCUUUCUCCGCAUCCAUACCCAGCCGGGCUGCCCUGGAACCACGAGGCCCGGCUCUCCUUCCCCCAGCCCUGCACCCACCACCGCCUGAAGCCACCGGCUCCAAUUGCCAACCACCUCUGCUUGUUCAGAAACCAACACGAAACGGAAAAGGCUCUAGCCCUCUGCAAAACCAAGGACUCGGCUGCUUCGCAGGCAGCCUCUGGGUCCCUCCCGCUCUCCUGCGCGUGUGCUUUUGUUUUUUUAUUUCAAACAAACAUUGAAAAAGAAAAAAACAAAACAAAACUACCUUCUGUCCUAGAAGGUACAGACUGACAGAUGGGGAGAAAGCUACCGUUGACCUCAGAGAACACUGCCUCCCGCCUCGGCCGUCCUUCGGCAGCUGGAGAGGCCACGGAAGUCACGGCCUCGGCCACGGUGCGCUCGGGGUGUCAGGGGGGCCCACCUGAUUAACGUUAUUUGUCGUCCCAUCCUCGAGCAGCGAAACCACCUGCGUGGCUAGGAUGAUUCAUGAUGAUGAUGUUGAUGAUGAUUUUUUUGUGAUAACAGUAUUGUGCUUUUUGUGGGGAAAGUGAGUUUUUUUAUACAUAUAUAAUUGAUAUCUUUUAUUUAUUGGUUGUUAACUGUUGCUGCUGCCUCGUGUGUCCAAAGCUCCCAGGGAUGCGGGGCCUACCGUUUACAUGUGCACGCCCUCGCCCACCUGCCCACCUGCCCACCUGCGCUUGGGAGGAUGGUGGCCUGCAGCGGCCAAGAAGCCAAAAAACUUUCUCUCUCUCUCUCUCUCUCGCUCUUUUUUUUUUUUUUUCCAGAUACUGUGCUCGAUGUUUGGAGAGGGGGAAGAGUGGGUUUCUUAAAUGGCUAAUGCACUGUUUUCCCCCCACCCCCAGCCCAAAUGCCUCCUCUUGAACCCCUUUUCUCUGCUUCCUGUCCACACUCCCCAUCCUGUGUCUUCCUCUGGGUCCACAGCAUCUUUUCUGAGGACAAACAGGGGAUAUCUUUUGGUUUCUCAACUCUUGCUUUGGUGUUUGCAGCAGCAUGGAGCCUGGGAGCCAACAAGGGAGGACUGGGUACAUUAGGAAAGGGGAGGAGGGCACUCUUUGCAAGCAGGUGAGCAGAGGAAGGGCUCCUUCUCCCUCCGUGGUGGAUUUUGAAAACUGUCGCUCAGUUCUCUCCCACUUGCUUUUCUGCCUGCCGGUCUGCCUUGUCCGGUAGACCACAGAGCAUCCUCCUUCCCUUCCCUCUCUCAGCUCAGAUGCUGGGAGGGCGGGCGGGAGGGAAGGGGCACAGGCAAUCCCAUUCGGUAGUGGCUGCUCCUAGAGGCUAUGGCCCACACGCGCUCAUAGGAAGCUUCUAACCCCACCUGCCACCGAGACAGGAUGGCCCUGGAACUGCCACCAGGAAAGUCAGAUGACCUUGGACCAGAGGCCAGGAACCUGCAGCUGGCUCUGCUCUGUGAUUGUGGGCAGGCCCCAGGCCUCUCUGGGCCCCAGCUACCCCAGCUGCAGAACCAGGAAGCUUGGGCUUCUUGAACCGGAAGGUCCACUUCCAUGCUGACACUGUACAAUCAUAGGCUGGGUCUUUUACAGUUUAUGAUUCUGCGGUCUGUGGCUAAGUUUGCCAGACCCCAACAGACACGAGAUCUGUUUGAGUCACUAUUUUGUCUCUUGGCACAAGUCUUUGGGGACAUGGCAGCUGCUGGUUGUGUUGUGUGGGGUCAGAUGACCUACCUGGUUCUCUCUGCAGUUCUUCCUGGUCCCUCCUGGACUCUUGAACUGUCUUUUUGGCCCAGAACUAGUCCUCAUGGAAGGAAGGCUUCUGGUAUGGGAAGCAGCCUCCCAGACUACCUAGGGCCCGGCCUGACUCUAGAAUUCCCGCUUCUUUGCAAAGUCAGCAGCCUGUCCUCUCCCUGCUUACUCCAGCCCCAGGAGAGGAAAAGCUGGCCCUUGGUUCUCACUUUGAAUUGUCCUUGGUCUUCACUUUGCACUUUCCCAGGAGGCCAGAGCGACUGCUAAUUAACCCAGAGCACUGCUCUGCCAGCGUGGGGCUUGCAUGUCCGUUCCCGCUGGCUGGACCGCUCAGCCAGUCCCUGACUCCCUUCUUGCUCAGCAGAGCCCGUGGCUGUCCCCCACCUCUACUGUAAGCCCCAGAUUCCGCGGGUACUGGGAGCGCUUUGAUCUUCACAGGUGACUUUGCAGGUUGGGCCCCUCAAGGCCCCUGCAGUCACCUUCCUGCUCAGGCCACUGGCUCAGGAGCCCCAGGACUCCCCCUCCCAAUCCUGGCUCUGACCUAGGACCCUCGGGCAGGAUGACUUGGUGGCUUGGGGCUGGAGGAGGGGAGAGGAGGGCCCUUCCCCAUGUCACAUUACUUCUCUGGCUUCUGCCUGAGCCUCGAUUUGCGUCUCUGGCCCAGUGGGGAGGAGCUGUCGAGCACCCCAUGCUAAAGGCAUCAUCUCGGUAAGGGACUUGCGGCUCAGAAUCAUCCAGGCUUAUGCGUGUGGGUUCCCCCCGCCCCCUUCCCUCCCCAGCUCGGGCAUCAAUUCCCAGGCGUCUACGAGCAUCUGCCCACGAGGCCUUCCUUCCACCUUCUUGCCCUCUGACCUUUUGGUUUGGAGCCACGGGUGUGGCAGGCGUCCUGUGGCCCCAUGGCUCAGGCGCACCUUGGGUCCAUGCCCGGGGACAGCCCAGAGCUGCCGGAAGGGCCAGCCCUCUUCCUGGCGGGGUGCUGGGCUUUGGCCGUUUGUGCCCGAGGUUGCCGGGCAGGGACAGUUCUGUCUCCUCCUCUCACCAGGCCUCUAGAUCUGGAAUCCUGAGCAGCUGUGGGCCUCUGUCCCCAGCAGCGAUUUCCACCAGAGGCCCAGGCCUGCUCUCUGGGGGUUCCAGACCCACCGGAUGCCAGGCUCUCCGUCCCUCUGCCGACCCUUCUCUCCUCGUCCCCUGGCCCAGGAGCAGCGGCCCUUGCCUCUUCCUCAGGGCGUCCGCUCCCCACUCUGUGUUGAUGGCACUGAGGAGAAGCCAGAGGUCCCGACAUUUGACCAGGCAACGUUUUGAGUAACGUCGAGGCAAACGUGCGUGUCCUCCCUUCCCCAGAAAUGCUUUUCAGUUUGACAGCCAACUUCCUAGACGACAGGCACACCUGGGCUUUCGGGAACCUGUCUUUUCUCUGAGGGGAGGAAGGUUGGGGGGGCCUUGGCCCCCCGGGAGGGGCAGCCUCUGUCUGGAGCUAAGCCCCACUGCGCGCCCAGCGCAAAGCUACCCGGUUCUCGGCGCAGCCUCGCCUCCGCGUCUGGCGAUCCAAGGGGACGCCGGCGCGCCCCCUGGUGGCGGGGAGCUGCAAAGGCAUGUGGGGGCCCCCCACAGGCCAAACAGGAGCUUGGAGGGGGCAGCGGGAGGCGGGGGAGCGGAGGAGGGGGCUCCGAUCUCACCCGGGCUCUGGGCCCCAGCCCCGCAUUUUUGGCAGCGUGUCUCCCAGAUGCCCCUCUUCUAGGUCUGCCCCCUCCCUUCCCGCCGGGAUAGCAAGUUAAUUAAGUUAAUUAGCAUAAGGGCACAGUGAUGGGAAGCCUUGCCCUCUACCCAUUUUUUUAAUAUCUGCGGAAUAAACCCAAUGGUUGAUUUUUGACUGAAUAAAAGGCUUUUGUUGAAUAAACAGCUGGUCCCAUCUUCUGUCUUGGCAUCUAGGCUCAGGCUCUCGACUGGCCGGAACUGGGACAAACACAGAAUCCCCCUCCUCCCCCGCUCCUGCCCCUCGCCCCUCAGCCUGCACACUUCUGUUUUCCCUACGUCUUUGCAGGGCCCGGGGCUCCACGGAGGGCCACACGCUCCCAGUCCGACUCCGUGACCGGCUUUCUCUGAGACUGGGGGCGGGUCGCU